AUGUCUUUCAAUAAACUCGCUCAUCUAGCGCUCCUUGCUCCCGCCGCAAUGGGCCUGGUCGUGCCCAAAGGCAUCACCCCUGAGCAACUUGACAAGAUGAUGCCCCGUGGUUUAUACCAGAGCAUCAACACUGACGCGGUUUUUAAGGAAUGGACCGGUUGUGAGCCUACCAACAAACUGGACGAUGAAGGCCAUUGUUCCAUCAGCCCUCACAGCGAUGACCCCUGUGAGUCAUUUUGUGAAAAGAGCCUCAAAUGGAGCUACGGCAAAGAGGUCAAGUUUGCCAACGCCGAGUGUCGCCGCGGAAAAUGCACCCUUGAAGAUCGUAUGGCCGUGACCUUUGGCGAGACCAUCAGCUGGGGUCUUCAAAUCGGUCACGGAGCAUUCACUGCUGGCGUCAGUUUUACCUACAGCCAGGAGAAGCAGACACUCAGCGGUGUGGUCCGCGACAAGCCCGAUGAUCUAAUUGAUGAAUGCGGAUACUGGACUUUUGUGCCGUACAUGGUCACGUCCUGCGGUAUCACAGCCAAAGGCGAACACACCCAAAACGCCUUCACAGGCGAAAAAUGCAAGAACCGAGUCGAAAAGGAAGAAUGCCUCACCGACUACCUCCGCCACUCUGACGGCAUGCCAGCUGGAGUGCCCGUGUAUGUCACGUACGACUGUGCGACUAGAGAGCGGCUCGCCUUUUGCAAGCAGGAUGAGCUGUACCUGAAGCUGGGAGUUUCUGAGGAUGAAAAGGUGCAUCAGGAUUAUGCUCUUUCUUGGUGGGAUGGGGAUGCUUCGAGGGGACCUACGGGGACUGCGCAGGUUCUCCUGUGA